GGAACAAGUGCAAAAUAUGGAGGAGAAAGGGCGGGAACGUGUUCGCGGCGCUGAGUCGGGAGCAGAGCGAGGAGGACGAGGAGGAGGAGGAGCAGAAGAGGGGGGAGGAAGGCUCCAGGCCCCCCAAGGGCAAGAACAAGCAGGAGGAAGAGGAGGGUGAGAGGAAGAAGAGGAAGGGCCACAAGAACGAGAAGGCCAAGGGGAAGCAGAAGGGCAAAGCUCCCAGUGAGGAUGAGGCCGAAGGCUCCGAGGAGGAGGCGAAGCCCAAAGGGGGGAAGCAGAACAAGUUCCUGGCGCUGAGGGGGGAGGAGGAGGAGGAAGAGGAAGAGGAGGAAGAAGAGGCUGAAAAACCCCGGAAAGGGAGCGAAGGG